UGCCAGUUGAAAGAGUGGCGCGGGAAGUUGCAGGCAAUUAAUUUGAAAGCACAUAUUGGUGGCUGUAAUGAAGUCGUUAGAAUCCAGUGAGAGUGAUUCCGAGGAGUUGCCAACGUUUUCCUUUCUGAAGAAGGAACCAUCUUCAACAGAGAGGAGGCAGCCUCAAAGGGCAGAGAAGAUUGUAGUGAUUGACUCCUCAGAUUCUGAGGCCUCCUGUCCUUUGUCACCAGGAUUGAAAGAUCCACCACCUGUCUCAGACACUGAUGAAACUCUCACACAAAUAAAACCAGUCGGAGUACUAAGUAGUGGAAGUGAGGGCGAAGAGGAAUUUGUUCCCCUAGCUGAGAGGCUUAAGUGUAAGUUUUUGACCUACAAGCAGUUGAACUCUGAGGACUCUAGCUCCCCAGUUAAAAGUGUUUUAAAUCAUCAAAAUAAUGAAGAAGCAUCAAGUGACUGGAAAAAACAGCCCUUUUCAAAGAUCCCUGAUGUUCCCCUCCAUGUUACCUUAGAGAGGAGUGUACUAGGUAACCAGGACCCUGUCUUAGACAAUCCACGCAUUCAGCUUCCAGCCUACCAGUUUACCCACCUUGUUCAGAACAAUAGCCUGGAAGUAACCAAAACAAAUUCUGAUGUCCCCCUGCCCCAGAAGAGAACCAAGCACAGGAAGAAUGUUCUGAGAAGAGACUUGCAGAGAUGCCAGCUGCAGGAAAAAGCAGGCCAGAAGGAAAGCAUCCCAAGACAACAGGAAAGAAAGAAGAAGGCAACGCUGGUCAACAGGCUGAAAGCCCAGAGGCCAGAGGAAUGCUUAAAGCACAUGGUUGUGGUGCUGGAUCCAGUGCUUUUACAGAUGGAAGGUGGGGGCCAGCUCCUGGGAGCUCUGCAGUCCAUGGAGUGCUGCUGUGCAAUUGAAGCACAGGCUGUGCCUUGCAGUAUCACUUGGAGGAGACGGGCAGGACUGGCUGAGGAUGAAGAGGACUGGGUGGAGGAGCAGACAGUCCUUGUGUUACUCCUGGCAGAAGCUUUUAUGUCCAUGAUCUGCAACUUUAAGCAGGGAAGUCCAGGCAGUGCCGGAAAAGGGAAGGACACACUUCAAGGUUUUGUAACUGACGUCACAGCAAGGACAGCAGGGAAAGCUGUAUCGUUGGUGAUUGUGGAUCAGGAGAAAUGCUUCAGGGCUCAGAACCCUCCAAGGAGAAGGAAACAGGGAGCGUCAAGUAAACAGGCCAAGGAGAAGCAGCAGAGACAAGAGCCCAGCACAGGGCCUGUGGUGUCCAGGGUAGAAGUGGAAGAGGCGUUGGUGGAUCUGCAGCUACAUACCGAAGCCCAGGUUCGGAUUGUGCAGAGCUGGAAAGAACUGGCUGACUUCGCCUGCACAUUCACAAAGGCCGUGGCUGAGGCACCCUUCAAGACACUCCGAGAUGAAAACAGCUUCUCCUUCUGCCUGGAGAGCGACUGGGCUGGAGGGGUGAAGGUAGACCGCACUGGCAGGGGACUGGCACUAGUCUGGAGAAGACAGAUUCAGCAGCUGAACCGAGUCAGCCUGGAAAUGGCCAGUGCUAUUGUGGAUGCCUAUCCCUCCCCAAGGCUCCUGGUAGAGGCUUAUCGGCGGUGUUUUUCGGAGCAAGAACGCCAGAAUUUGCUGGCAGACAUACAGGUGCGUCGCGGGGAAGGAGUGACAUCCACCUCCCGCCGUAUUGGGCCAGAGGUGUCUAGGCGUGUCUACCUUCAGAUGACCAGUUUGCAGCCAGAUCUCACUUUAGAUAGUGCUGACUGAUGCUAGUCCACAGGGACAAGGAUAAAAUGCUGAUUUCUACCUCCUCAACCUUAGAACCUAACUGGAAGCACCUCCUGAGGCCUAGCCAGGGGGUGGCCCAGUCUCUCCUUACUUGUCGUAUUCCCUGUGAACUCAGGGCAGAAGGCCAAGACAUUUGGUUCUGCUCUUCUCCCAGCAAAAACAGCUGUUACCCCUGCCCCAGCCAGCCCUCAAAACACA